AAACAUUUGCUGUAAUGUAUGACAGUGCAUGAAGACUGCAUACAUUGGAAAACAUGUUUUUGGUACUUUAUCUUCUCCUGUGGCUUCAUAAGCAAGGCCUCCAGGCACAACAAACUACCAAUCCCAGUGCUGAGAAGUCAUCCAUUCCUGAUGUUAAUGGAUAUGAUAAUCAACCUGUGUUAGUUGCUAAUAUAAGUGGGAUGGUGGAUGCUGAUGGAGUCUGUCAAUGUGUAGUUUAUCUCCCUGAUGCCUCGUUCCCUGCAGACAGAGUGGAGCAUCUUGAAAUGUGGAUAUUAUCCAUAUUUACUGAUUUACAAAAGGAAACUAACAAGAUCCAGGAGUACAGCAGCAAAAUAAUACUUUAUGAAGAUCAGCUAGCAAACCUCACUGUGCAGGUGGAGAACAUGGAAAACAGUGGAAUUUCUUUUAACGAAUUAGAGUUUGAAUUAGUGAAGAAUGAAAUAAAAGAGAUGGUGAUUCUGAUCACACAGCUCAAGGAUUCUUUGAAUGGAAGCAACAUUAUCAUUGACAACCUUUUUCUUGAGAUUCAGAAUCUAUCAGCUGCAAUAGGGGAACUGGAAACUCUUGAUAAAAACAAUGUACUUGUUAUUCGUCGUGAAGUUUCUGCUUUACGCAAACAGUUAAAGGAAUGUGAAGAGGCCAAGAAUCAAACUAGCUCUCCAGUUAUUCCUGGAAGUUGUAAUCAUGGAGCUCUUUUAAAUAUGAGUGAGCCAUUUAUAGUGCAGCUGAACUGGAAAGGUUUAUCAUACAAAGGUGGAGCCUGGGGAAAAGACCCAGAACCAGCAACGUCCAACAGAGAACUAUACUGGCAAGUGCCCUUAGCAAAUGAUUUUAGAUAUAUGCAACAAUACAGAUAUUACAAUUCUUAUGAUGACUUAAGACUUUACAGAAAUCCACAUGAUGGACGGACAUCAUAUUAUGGACAAGGCAGUGGUAUGGUAGUUUAUAAAGAAAAGCUGUAUUACAACUGUCAAGAUACAAACCAGAUCUGCAGAGUUUCCCUGAAUACAGGCAAUUUUGAGAUGAGAAAAUCUCUUCCCAAUGCUACUUUUAAUAACAUGUUCUCCUAUGCAGGCACUCCCUGGCAAGAUAUUGAUAUUGCAGUUGAUGAAAGUGGGUUGUGGGCAAUUUAUGCCACCGAAGAAAGUACGGGAAAUAUUGUCAUAAGCAAACUGAAUGAAACAACACUUGAUGUUGAAGACACUUGGGUGACAAGGAUGUACAGACGUGCUGUUAGUAACGCAUUCAUUGUAUGUGGUGUUCUGUAUGCAACAAGAAGCAUCAACUACAAACAAGAAGAAGUAUUUUAUAUGUACAACACCAGAACAGAUCAAGACAUCACUAUUAGCAUACCAUUCAGUAAGAUAAAUGAAUACUUGCAUGGGGUCAACUAUAAUCCAAAAGAUCAUAAACUCUAUGUCUAUAAUAAUGGCUAUCUUCUGACAUAUGAUCUUUAUUUUUAUCAACAAACCGAUAAUUCAUGAAUUCCACUGUAAAACAGUCAAGCAUAAUUCAAUUUAGGUAUAAAACAUAAAAUAUGUAAAUGAAAAUGGAAAAUUAUUUGUUAAUUAUUAAGCCUUAUUUGACUUGGUCAGAGUGAAAAGGUAGUCAGAGUGUAUAAACAACCAUUAGUAAGAUUGAAUUGUAGGAUUAUGAGCCCACAUUCACUGACACUUACAUUAGAACAGUUAAAAAUAAAAUCGGGAGUGGUCUCCCCUAGUUUUUUACGUAUACUCUGAUAAGGGAUGGAUUUUUGAGGAGUAAACUGCUAGACAAUGAUUAUAUUUUUAUAUUACGUACAUUAAAGGACCACCAACAACAAAUCAAAUCAGAUUAAUAAUAUAUUGAACAAUUGUUUUAAAAGUAAAGUUGAAUAAAUGCAUGAAUAAAAAAGUACCAUUUGCGGUUAGCGAUAAUAGCCCAAAAGUUGAGAGAAAUCUA